AUGGGAGUGUCUUGGGUCUUCGAACACGACAAAACUGCUAAAGAAGUGGAACGCCUGCUAGAAGGAGGUGGUGCUGAACAAAUCGGCACGUAUACAGUCGACUGUUUGCCAUAUACUCCAAAUGAUAAGGUCGAAUACGAGCCGUCUCAAGUCGCUGCUCAGAGUGCGCACAUGAUGACUGAAAUGAUGCAGAUGUUCUUCCCUUUAUAUCACAUUCUGAAGAUGACGUCCUCAAAUCCUAUGUGGCGUGUCGUCUUCGAACACAUUGAUGAAUUUCGAGCAUCGGUCAAUAGGCACUGCUCGCAUUUGGAGUCGUGGCAGAUAAUGUCCUACACUGUAGCAACGUGUUUUUUCAUAAUGUGGAUUCGCCGUAUAAAUCACUCCGACAAACCAUUCUUCCAAAGAGCCAGAAGUUCUAUAUAUUCAAUUAUACGUUCAUUGCCAUGGGUUAAACGAAGAGUUAAAGCUGACCUUGAGCGAGCUCGGCGUGAAAUCGAAGAGGAAGUUCAUCAAUACGAUCAGAAACGUGACUUCUACAAAUUUUUGCCCGAACAUCCACUUGGUGGUGAGGAACUCCUUUCUGAGGCGCGGCAGUAUGCUGCCAUGGGUGAGCGGCGAUAUAUGGAGCACUAUGACCCCCGUACUAGGAACCAGGAUUUAUCUCUAUGCGCCAAGAUCUAUGAUCUGUUUUCUCACUCCGAUCCUCAUCGAUCGGAUGCAUUCCCUGGUGCUAGGAAAAUGGAAGCUGAGAUAUUGAGAAUGUGCUUAUCCAUGUUUCACGGUGGUCAAGAGGCGUGUGGUGUUGUAGCUGGAGGUGGGACUGAAGUGAUGCUGUUGGCGUGCCUUGCUUAUCGAAAUCGUGGUAUCGCAAGGGGCAUGUACCAUCCUGAAAUAGUGGCUCCAUCCACUGCUCAUCCGGCGCUAGACAAGGCAGCGGAAUUGUUUGGGAUGACGAUAAGACGGGUUCCAGUUAGGGAGGACGAUCGAGUACAUGCUGCAGCAGUGAAGCGGGCAAUUGGCCCUCAUACUUGCAUGAUUGUUGCGUCAGCACCAAAUCAUACCACUGGCACAGUAGAUCCAAUUGAGAGGCUCUCUGAAAUAGCCCAACAAUUCGGUGUUCCUUUGCAUGUCGAUUGCUGCCUUGGAGGAUUCCUCUUACCUUUCAUGGAAUACUGCGAUUAUUCUAUUCCUACGUUUGAUUUCCGUUUGCCAGGAGUCACAUCCAUAUCUAUCGAUCUGCAUCGUUAUGGCCAGGCGCCGAGGUCCUGCUCGGUUCUUAUGUAUCGGGAUCAGUCAAUGUUACGCCAUCAGUGCUUUUGUAAUAGCGAUUGGGCAGGCGGUGUCUAUGCUACUCCUACUCUUGCUGGUGGUCGUGACGGAGGUGCCGUGGCCACCGCAUGGGCUACCUUACUUGGAAAGGGACGUGAUGGCUAUAUAACCGCUUGUCAUCGGGUUGUUGAGACCACCCGCCGUCUCGCAGAUUUGCUCUCCGACAUUGAUGGAAUCACAUUGAGAGGAGCAGCCGAUCUGUGCAUUGUGGCUUUCGAAACCACUCUCGGCGACAUCUAUGUUUUGGUCGAUUUUAUGACUACCAAGGGAUGGCACGUCGAUCCAUUGUUGUCUCCGGAGGCUGCUCGUGUGCCUAUUACAUUGAGAAUGUGUGAAGAAGGUGUACUCGAGGCUUUUGUUGAGGACGUCAUCGAGGGCCUACGCUAUCUCGGCGAAAACCCUACUAAAACAACGAAGACCUCGGCGUUCUAUCACAUGUUACAAACGGUAGCCGAUCGUUCUCUUGUGGACGAGCUCUCCUUGAUUCGGCUGCAAGCGCACUACAGUAUUCCACCUCCACUUGAUCGCGAACAUCGUUCAGUACGUGCUUUGAGCGAAUACGGCCGAAAAAUGAGCACUUUAGAAAGAGAAGGACUGACGAAAGAGAAGUUAUCAGCAGAGAAAGCUCAGUAG